AUGCCUCGAGGAUUUUUGGUGAAGAGAAACCGGCGGUGUUCAGCGUCAUACCGGACACGGAACAACACCAGCAGUGAUGAACCGGUAACAUCUAGUGGUGGCAGAAACAACUGUGGUAACUCUGAUGCGAACAAACAGGAGGCAGAAAGGGACGGCGACGAUGCUUUGCUUUUUGACCGGACCGACGAACUGCUCCCCGUGCCCCGCGAGGACUCCACCGGUGUUCGAGAGGCGUGGAGCCCGCACGUGGAGUCCGCGCUGGAGGCGGAGGCGGACCGGCGCGCGCAGUUACCGGAGACAGAGGAGCAGGUGAGCGAAGUGGACGUUUUGACUCCUGAUGGUGAUUUCCCCUGUUUCUACUCACCUCCUCCUGCACGGGACAUGUUGUUGAGUGACUCUUGUGACCCUGUAAAACCUGUCGGCACGAGAUUACUAGAGCAGCGCGAGGAAGGAGAGAAAAAGCAGUUGUUUCCCGGCAGACAUUUAACGUCAUCCCCGGUGUCACAGUUACCGGAGCUGCCGUUCCUUGUGAGUUCAACACCGACCGCAGUGUCCGCUUCAAUCGAGAGGCUCCUCGCGAGCAGCAGCCGGCACGCGCCAUCCUACAGCCACGGUGAUAAAUACGAACCGAAUAUGGGGCACGUGCACCUGUUCCCUCCUCUGACGUUGAUGAACCCGGAGCAACAUCAGGCAACAAGAAAACGCUCGUUAUUUGAACAGCACAACAACAGGCACAACAAACAGCCCGCGUGCAUCCAGCCAAAGAAACCCAAAGUGAACCGGAAACUGAACUUUGAAGAUGAGGUCACGACCUCGCCGGUUUUAGGUCUGCGGAUCAAGAAGGAGAGUCCCGAGCUGAGGAAACAGCGGGAAAAGUCGUCAGUCCCCGGUGGAAAUCAACCGUUGGGAGAGUUCAUCUGUCAACUCUGUAAGGAGGAGUACCCGGACCCGUUCUCCCUCGCGCAGCACAAGUGCUCCCGCAUAGUGCGCGUGGAGUACAGGUGUCCCGAGUGCGACAAAGUUUUCAGCUGUCCCGCAAACUUGGCCUCCCACCGUCGCUGGCACAAACCCCGUCCGGUAAACAACCACGUAGAGACCCCAAACAAAAGUCAACCUUUAAAAGAGGCGCGAGGACUCAUUCAGCACGAGAGGCAGCCGGUAGAGUCAGAGGGCAAAGAAAACGAGCUGCUGCGUAUGAGCAAUAACCAGCACCACGGCACGCUGGACAGCUCCCGCAUCAGGCGCGAGCCAUCCCUGCUGCUGCUCCACGGUCGGACCCGAGACAGCCCCGAUAGCGACAGUCUCGCGCCCCCUCACUAUGACAACCCUCUUCAUUACCGGAAUCCGGCUGAAAACUGUCUGGACCUCCAGCAACAGAUGAGAGCAGCGGACAGUCCUCCCUCGAACCUUCUUCUACUUAACGGCAGCCCGGAGGAGCGCGCGGACCACCACCAGCAGCAGCCGUCCCUCCCUCACCCCCCUUUACCGUUUGUUCAGUCGUUACCGGAGGAGGAAGUUUAUGAGUGCCAGUACUGUGGCAAGAAAUUCCGCCGACAAGCAUACCUGAAGAAACACCUGGCUGCGCACGAGAUAACAGCGCGAGCGACCCCACCCCCUGCCUCUUACCGCCAAGCGCGCGAGUCCGGUAGCGGACAGAGCCAGGUAUUCCUGUGUCACCUCUGCGGCGCGCGCUUCCCGUCAGUUGAAAUCAGGGACAAGCACCGUUUGUGGCACGCGAUGAGGGAUGAGUUGCUGGUGGGAGCUUUGGGAGGAGGACUCAGACCGGAUGUGUUCCACUCGCAAGGAGAAGAGAGCGGCACGAGGGACUGCGAACAGCAGCAGAUCUUCACGUGCAAGCACUGUCCGUCCACUUUCUUCAGCUCUCCGGGGCUCGCAAGACACAUCAACAAAUCACAUCCAACCGAGAACCGUCAAGUGAUGCUGCUGCAGAUGACCGUGCGACCUUAA